UUAUUGACCCGAUCGACGCCGACUCUGUUGGACUGUUCAGGGUGUGGUCUUCAAGCUUCUGACGGGAAUCGCCUCAAUCGGAUUUCUGCUGCUGAUUUACCUGUGCUUCACCGAGGAGCCCUCCGAGGGAAUCAAGAAAGUCGGUGGCGAGAAGCAAAGCACUCUGACGCGCAUGUCCAAGACGGCCCGGAAGAUUGCCAGUCCGCGCAUGGUUGCAUUGACGCCAAUGUUCUACAUGCAGUCGGUUCAGCAAGCCUUCUACAAUGCCACCUUCCCCCUCUUUAUCGCAAGCUUUCACGAUCCAAACACUGAUCUCUCGAUCAAGCUCUAUCUAGCUGGAACUUUGGCUCUGGCGAGCUCCUGCGUUGCCCUGGUCUUGACCAAAGUUGGAUAUAGGCUUCGGUCUCUCCACCUCUUAUCGGCCGUCUGGGCAAGUCAAGCUCUGGCUUUGCUUCUAGUCCUCUUUCUCCGACCUGUCAACAAUCUGGCGGCGCUGUUUCCUAUCGGAAUCAUCCUCGGAGUGACCGACGCGGUCAUCCGCACUCAAAACUUCAUCCUGAUCAACGAGAUGUUCCCUGAGGCCGCCGACACACCGUCUGCGUUUGCAUGUUUCAACUUUCACCAGUCUCUAGGCCUGGGUAUAUUCUUUAUAUCCUCAAAGUACUUGCUUGGCCCCGACCGAGUGCCGAACAUGGCGGUCUGGGUGCCCCUUCAGAUGGGCAUAUUCUUAAUUGCCGUGAUCGGCGUUGGCAUGGGCCAGCGAUGGUACUCGCCCAGAUCUCAGCAUGCAACCUCUGCGCCGCUUGAAGAAGUCGUCAAGAUCGAAGAGGACAGCCUUGGGAUUGCCCUCGAUGAUACGAUCGCCACCCGCGAUUCUUCCAAGAUGUGAUUCUAUGACGUAUUCUUCUGACCGUAAUCGACCGUGACACUGCGCAGGGUGUUUGAUGUACCCGACCUCAGCCUUCCGGCGCUGACAGACAAUCCCCGGGACAAUCCAUUGUCGUUCGCGCACCCCAAUAGAGACAAGAUGAUUGC